AUGUUCUCCUCGUUCAAGGAAAAGCUCAACACGAGCUUGACCUCGAUCCAAGAAAAGGGCAUCGAAGCUGCCAAGGCCGCGCAGGCUGCAGCAGCCCAAGCCGCCCAUUCAGCCGGCAACAGCCCGUCUCACCGCCCUUCAGGUGACAGUCAGCAUCAACACGAUCCCCUACAGGACCCACUCUCCGCCAAUUCAGCAGGAGGAGGACGCCCAGGAUCCCCUGCAACAUCUUCUCCGGCACCGCGGAUCAGCUCCUCGAGUUCAUUGUUUCGUCGAUCUCUCCAAACAGGACGCCAAUCCGCCGACCUGAUCAGCUUUGCAACCUCUCCACCGCCAGCAGCCGCUAAUCCUGCAGGAAAUAAGAAACUCAUGGCCAUGGUCAAACAGCUGACUCUGGACCCACUCCAAGAGAAACCCGAUCCAGCUCAGUUGGAGGCUGUCAAGGCGGCUGAACCUGGCGGGAUUGAAAUGACCGAGACCGUCAUUGAGAAACUCGAACGGUUACAGCGUUAUGAGGCACGCUUCCCAGAUCUGGCGACGGCAUUCAAGAAACUGGUGCAGGAAAAGAUUGCAAUCGAAGCAGUUCUGAAGGCGUCAACCCCACUGGAAGAUCUUUCGGAUGUCGAGGCGCUGGAUUCACAUCUUCGCAACAUGGCGUACAAGAGUGAGAUCUCCAUGCAGGAAAUCAAGCGACUGAACGAGGAACUGCGAGACGCUAACAAGAUGAAGGAGGUACAUCGGUUGGAGAAAGCCUCACAAUCAGACAUGAUCGAGAACCUGCAGGACCAGCUUGCUGCUAAAUCAGAGGAGGUUGAGCGACUGAAGCGCAGCGCACAGCCCGAGGCAGAUGCAUCAACAAAGGAGUCAGUCGAGAAACAACAGGAGCGCAUUGCAGAGCUCGAGGGCAAGAUCGAAACCUUGGAAAAAGAACUCGCCUCUACUAUUACUACGACUUCUGCAGAGCCAACGGCUGACCCUCUCUCUGACCCGCUUUCAGCAACUGUGUCAGUCCCAGACACAACCACAACUUCGGCCACAGCUUCAGGAGCCAGCUCACCUAUUCUGAAGGACAAAAAGACGACAGCCAAGGAGCAAAAGAAGAAGGACCAGGCUCUCCGAGAUCUGAUGGUUCGACUCGACGGUGUCAUGAAGGAGAAGAAGCAGGCCCAACAGGAGCAGGAACAGGCUGAGGUCAAGCUUUUGCAGCUGCAAUUAGAUCUGGACAAGGAAGUCAAGGUCAAGAAGGAAAUGGUCGAGAAGCUGGAUGAGUUGCAGAAGAAGGUUGCAGAGAUGGAGGAGAAGGAGCAUGUCUUGUCCAACACCAGCAAGAAGACUAAGCAACAGCAGUCAACAGCGCAGGAUACAGACAAGCCGACAAACGAUAGCCUGAUUGACGUCACUGAUGCCGCCGACUCAGCCACACCUGCUGUACCACCCAAGGAGGACGAGAAGGCGAAGGUCCGACAUGAAAAGGAGCUUGCAACCGCUACCCAGGAAGCCAAGGAGACCAAGGAGUCGCUUUUGAAGGCGCAGGCGGAAUACGAGGCUUCCAUAAAGCGUGAAACUGAGGCUGUGCGAGCCAAGGACGACGCCCUCAGCAAGGAGGCUGAAGCCCUCAAGAAGGAGGCAGAUGCCCUUCAGGCCAAGCAGGAGGCAGAAAGAUUAUUAGCAGAGGCCCGGGCUGCUGGCAAGACGAUCAAGGACGCUACUGCCGUGACGGAGAAGGAGCUCAAGAUUGCCCGCGCCCAGGUGAAGGAGCUGCAAAAGCUCGACAUUGCCCUAACGGAGACCAAUGGGCGGCUUGCCGAGGCUCAAAAGGAGAUGGAGUUGGCCCAAAAGGAACGCGAGCAGGCUCAGAAAGCCUUGGAAGAUGAGACCCACAAGGCUCUCGAGGCUCAAAAGGAAGCACGGACUUUGGAAUUGACAUUGCGCCAGGAUUCCGAGAAGGCUCUGGAGCAACUUCGGUUCGACAACCAAAAGUCCCUGGAGACCCACGAGAAAGAUCUCGCCAAGGUUCGUCAGGAAAAGGCAGAUCUAGAACGAAAGGUCGAGGAGUACACUCAGCAUAUGAACGCCACGGAAGAGUCAAGUUACAAGAUACAGGAGCAACUGGACGCCGUACGCAAGGAGAUCCAAAUCAAGGAGGAGUCUGUGGCGACCUUGACCAAGGAGCGGGAUGACUUGAAGAAGCAAUUGAGCGAGAAACCGGACUUGUCUGCAGAGUUGGCCACCGUCUCAGCCAAGGUCGAGGAGAAGGAGAAGGAAGUCCAGCAGUUCCAGGAUACCAUCAAGGAUUUGACUGCCGAGAAGGAGACCUUGGCUCAUUCUGUGUCCGAUGCCCAGGAGAAGGUUCAGGCCCUUACCGCCGAGAAGGAAGCCUUGUCCCAAUCGUCGACUGCGGCACAGGAGAAGAUCCGGGCUUUGGCGGAGGAGAACGAGAAGGUCCUGCAGGAGUGGAAGGCCAAGGUGGACGAGAAGGAGCAACAACUUCAAGCCAAGGUUACCGAGAUUGACGAGCAACAGCAGGAGGUUGAUGCCCUGAACCAGGAGAAGGAGGAGAUUUUGGCAAAGAUGGCGGUUGUUCAGGAGAAGGAGCGGAACGUCACCAACAAGUUCCAGGCUAUUGAGGAGGAUCUCGCCAAGGCUAAGCAGCAGAUGGAAGAGCAGGCAUCCAAGGUGUCUGCUGCUGAAGCUGCUCUCGCCACAGCCACAGCUGCUGCCGCUGCAGUCGCUGUUGUUUCCACCACUGGCAACCACAACAGCAAGAGCAAGGAGACUGACGCCGGAGCUGGCGCGGACACAUCCGUCGAGGAGGAACUGAAGGCCAAGAUCACCACGCUUGAGGCCGAGAUUGUCAGUCUCAACCACGUCCCCUCCAAGAAUACUCAAAAGAAGUUGCGCCAGGAACUCAACCACACCAAGGCUGCCAAGCAGGAGGCCGAGGCGUUGGUCGCUGCCUUGAAGGCCGACCUGGAGAAGGCUCAAACUGCUGCUGCUGGAGCCGUUUCUGGAGACGAGACCAAGACCGACGGCAGUGCUGAAGCUGCCGCUGCUGCCGAGUCAGAGUCUACGAUCAAGGCUCUGAAGCAACAGAUCUCAGAGCAGGAGAAGGUCAUUGAAGAGAAGGACAAGACCCUGACUGAACAGCAGGUCAAGUUAAGCGAGGAGCUGAAGAGACAGGAGACCUUGCAGGCCCGUAUCCAAGAGCUGGAGAAGACUGUCGAAACCGUCAAGGCUCUGGAGCAGGACAAGGAGAAGUUGUCUCAGUCGUUCAAGGAUCUGGAAGCCCAACUUGCCCAUGUUACCGAGGAUCACUCGACAUCAACAGAGGCAUUGCGCAAGAGUCUUGAGGAGCUCAAGGUCAAGGAGUCAGACCUAUCGAAGGAGCUCCAGGUCGCUAAGGAGAACGAGCAAAAACUGACCCAAUCAUUGGAUGAGGCCAAGAAGCAGGCUGCUGACGCCACUUCUUCAGGAGGCCAACGCCACGAGGAGGCUGCUGAGCAGGUCAAGACCCUGAUCCAGGAACGCGAGGCCCUCGUCAAGAAGCAGCAGGAGCUCGAGGCUUCCCAAUCGAUCGCCGAGAAGAACCACGCUGCCUUGGAGAAGGAUCUCGAGUCAUUGCGCAAGGAAAAGAUUGCUCUGGAGGCCAAAGUCCAGGAACACGUUGCCGUGGAAAAGGAGCUCGAGACCCUGUGUCAAAAGAAGACUGAUUUGGAGACCAAGGUCAAGGAGCAGUCCGAGUCCCACUCCAAGGAACAAGUUCGUGUUCAGGAGGAGGUUGAGAAGGUGACGGCAGAGCUGGAGACUGUCCGCAAGACUGAGCAGGAAGCCAUUGCCAAGGUUCAGGAAUUGACUCAGGAGCGUGAUUCCGUUCAGGAGAAGGUUGCAACUCUCGAGAAACGAUUGGAAGAUUCCAAGAAGUCCAAGAAGGGCCACCAGGAUGCCUUAGCUGCUCAGGUUGACACCUUGACCAAGGAGAAGGAGUUGUUGACCAAGGAUUUGGAGGCUGCCCGUGCAGAUUUUGAAAAGAUUGGCCAGGAGAAAGAAAUUGCCUUGAAGGAGUCCCAGACCAAGCAUGAGGCUGCUGUUGCGGAGAGGGAUAUCGCUCUAGCUAAGGUUGCAGAGGUCGAGCAGGUGGCCAAGGGUGCUCAGGAUGGAGCGUCCAAGGCACAGGAGGCUGAAGAGAAGGUCGCCCAGCUCACCAAGGACCUGGACGAGACCAAGACGGAGCUGACCAAGGUCCAGUCGCAACUGCAGAAGUCUCAAUCGUCGACCGCUACUGAGAUCUCUGAAUUGCUGGAUCAGAUCAAGUCAUUGUCGGAUGAGAAGGCUAUCUUGGAACAACAGCAGACAGAGAUGGAGGCACAACUCAAGGAUGCCAGGGCUCAAAAGGACGAGGCGACCAAGUUGCUCAGGGUGUUGGAGGAGGACAAUGGCCAAAUGUCGAUCGCCAAGACAGAGGGACAGCAGCUGGUGACAGAGCUCCAGGGCAAAGUCAGCACUUUGACGAUGAAGGAUCGGGAUACCAAGGAAGCCUUGGCCCUCGCCAAAUCGAUUAUUCACCAGCGCGAUGAGGACCUCGAGCUCGCCCGGAAAGCCAAGGCUGAAGACGAUGAGAAGCUGCAAAAGUCGAUGACACUUCUCAAGACGACACGGAAGCAGAUCCUGCGGUUGGAGAAAGAGAAGCAGGAGGCUGUGGACGAGUUGGAGGCCUGUAAGGUGGCGAUGGCCAAGGCGACACAGGAGGCCAAGACGUUGGCAAAUAAGUCAGCGGCGCAGCAGGCGACAGUGACCAAUGAUUUGUCUCGACUGCAGGCAGUCCAGGCCAAGAUGGUCCAAGACAAGGAGAAGCUGAUUCAGGAGAAGGAUCAGUACUUUGAUCAGCUCCAGAUGAAGCAGGCCGAGUUUGAGUCGUCCCAGACCUCGCUCGAGAAUGUCGAGCACGAGAUGCGCGAGUACCGCCACCAGUUGGAGGAGGCUCGCGACCGGGUGUCAAUGCUGGAGGAGGAGACCUCACAUGCCAAGCGAGUGGCAGAGUCCAAGGUCGCAGAGUGUGAAGGUAUCCGGCGCAAGGCAAUUGACCUCGAGACCAAGCUUGAGCAGAUCCAGGCGACCAUGAAGACGCGCAGUGAGAGCCAGAGGAGUGUCCUUGAGAACCUACAGCAGGAGGUUGAGGAGACGAGAGAGACUUUGAGUGCCGAGAUUGACAAAUUGAAGGAUACUGUCGCUUCCAAGGAGGCGGAGCUGGACAAGAUCAAGGUCGCUGAGACUCUACGAACGGAAGAGGUCAAGACCCUGAAAGUGGUUGAACAGGAGCAAAAGACCAAGGUUGAUUCUGCAGAAGCCGAACUCCACGAGAUGAGGGAACGCCAACGCAACCUUGAGCUCGAACUUCAACACUUCAAGGAUCUCGAGGCGAUUUUGGCACAGGAGAAGAGCUCGCACGAGAAGUAUGUGGAGGAGUCCAAGAUGCGGGAAGGACAUCUCCGCACUAUGAACAAGACGCUCAAGGAGGAAGUGAGAAAGUUACAGAAGCAAGUCCCUGGAUCCCCAUCUUCACAGGCAGGCCCUUUCACGCCCGGAGGACCCAUUCCCCAGACACCUGGACACCCCGGCUCUGCUGUUCCACCACCCCACACACCAACCGUCGGAGGAGCCGCACCAGCUGCAGGAGCAAGAGGCGGCAGGGCUGGAGCCAUGUCCCCUCAGUCGACACCUCCAAGCACGCCCAACUUUGGUCGCAUGUUCCAGCAACCCGAGGACGAUGUCAAUGUCGAGUACCUUAAGAACGUCCUCCUGAACUUUAUGGAGCACAAGGAACGUCGUCAACAAUUGGUCCCUGUGGUGGCACAGGUGCUGAAACUGACACCGGACGAGACGAAGAGGUUGUCGCGUGGAGCAUAA